UCCUUGUCGUACAUGGCAUCAGCCGCAUUCUGCAUCGCACUUAUCGUUGCUUUUAUUGUGGUAGUGGUGUUGUUCAACCAGCAGUCCGCUAAGGGCAGCACUAGAAUAGGAAGCAUUAUACCUGGAAAUGGUGGGCCCGGCAAAGGUGCACCCGGAAAGGGCUCGCCCGGGCAGAAGCCUACAACCACGCAUGCGUCGUCGACGCAGUCUCCGAAAAGACAAACGACUAAUGCAAUCCCGAUUCCGACCACACUCAGUCCCCCAACUGCGGUACCAACUCCUGGGCCGGCUAGCACUCUGAGCAGUCCUACACCGUUGAAACCAACACAUUCGCCGGAGACGCCAAGCAUCUCACCAGCUACUACCGCCGCUACAAUGCCUGUGAUAACAGGUGUGACGACCACCACUAGUAGCAGUACAUCCACCACCACUACAACUACAUCCACCAGUAGUAGCAGUACGUCGACCACUAGUUCACCAAUUGGUACACCAUCCACUUCGGCGUCGUCCCCUACAGCAGAACGGCUGUUGGUGUGCGUCACAAAGGACGCCAACCAAAUGCCACAGAAUCUCUGCGAUGUCCUGUUGUUCAUACACCGCAACAGAUUUGUGUUCAAGAGCUGGAAUACGGAUGUCGAAGCCUUCGCCUCCGCUAACGCAGAAACUUGCCGCGGCACGAAAUGCGGUAUUGAGAUGCCCAUACUGGUAGCUAGCAAGGCACUUCAAGAAUUACAGACGACGGAUGGAAGAGGAAAUCUAGCGCGGUUGGAGAGAAAUAAUUUGCGCCAUUUUGCGAAACUCAACAUCAAACUUACCAGUCAUGAAAACGACGAACACAUAAACGCCGUCAUUAGUUUCUUCAAGGGUUUGCGCGACGAACAAAAUCAGAUGCAGACUAGAGGUUUGCAUAUUAUUGGUGUGAUACCUGCCAUCUACGACACAGCGGAUACCAUCAAUGACGAAAUGAGAUCGCAGCUCCUGCGGUAUGCUAGGGAACUAGCUCCAGAUGCGCUACUCGUCCGAACCUCCCAGACAGGAGAUAUCGUAGGUCUUCCAAGCUGUCGGCUUAACGCACCAUCAUUGUGGACACACCUAGCCAAUGUCAUCGGUCAGCCAUCGUUCACCCAGUCGCUGGACCUCAUCAAGACCGUGCAGCUUCCCUCCGACCUGCCAUUAUUGCUUUCCUUCACGUGUGUCCGCUACCAGAUUACCUACAAGGGUAUACCCAGGGGCCUCUCUAAUCAAGAUAUGGAUACAGUCAGCAAUCAGAAAUGCCAGAAAUGCGUGACCGCUACUCUGGACCUUUGGUAUAACUGGGACUGCACCCGAAAUUUUGGACUUGAGAAGCGCAGCAUGACUAAUUAUGUUACUAAAAAGCUUUUAUCCCGGACUGAAAUCUUCAUGUUCGACACCAACGUCACAUACAGGAUGAAGAUAUGCAACGCACAAAGGAUGUACAACUUUAGAGGUGGCUACGUCUUGUUCUUCGUCAACGACCUAGACUCAGGAAACACAUGCAAGGACACCAACUUCACGCGGGGCUAUGCGGACAUACACUACGUCAGGGCGUAUAUGAACACUGCCUUUACCAAUUGCUAGAUGCAGCAAGCAGUUGCGCCUUGUUAUUUUAUUUAUUUAUUUUUUUGCAAUGGAAUGACUUAGCAGUUCGAA